AUGGAGGGGGAGGAGCAGGGUAAAGGCGGAAGGAAACCUAUUCGAUGCAGAGCUGCGAUAUGUAGGAGAGCAGGGGAGCCUUUACAAAUAGAGGAAGUGAUGGUUGCUCCACCAAAAGCUUGGGAAGUUCGAAUUAAGAUCAUUUGCACAUCACUGUGUUACAGCGAUGUUACCUUCUGGAAGAUGAAAGAUCCACCUGCAAUUUUUCCAAGAAUAUUUGGACACGAGGCUGUUGGGAUUGUGGAGAGUGUUGGAGAAAAUGUAAAGGAAAUGAAGGAAGGAGACACUGUGAUUCCAACACUGGUAACAGAGUGCCAGGAAUGCAGGGAUUGCAAAUCAAAAAAGAGUAACAAAUGCUCCAAAUUUCCUUUCAAGGUCUCCCCAUCGAUGCCCAGAGACGGCACAACCUGCUUCACCGACUCCAAAGGGGAGGUGAUAUACCAUUUUGUAUAUGUCUCCAGUUUUAGCGAGUACACUGUGGUGGACGUUGCCAAUCUGACCAAGAUUGACCCUUCCAUCCCUCCUAACAGAGCAUGCCUAAUUGGUUGCGGGAUUUCAACUGGGGUUGGGGCAGCCUGGAAAACUGCGAAUGUGGAAGCAGGGUCCAGCGUGGCCAUAUUUGGCUUAGGAGCUAUUGGUUUGGCGGUUGCAGAGGGAGCAAGACUUCGUGGAGCUGCCAAAAUUAUUGGUGUGGAUUUGAACCCAAACAAGUUUGAGAUUGGGAAGAAAUUUGGUGUCACAGAUUUCAUUAACCCAUCAGACUGCGGGAACAAGCCAUUCAGUGAGGUGAUUGCUGAGAUGACAGAUGGGGGAGCUGACUACUGCUUUGAGUGCGUUGGUUCGGCCUAUGUGGUGCAGCAAGCAUUUGCGAGCUGUCGAAAGGGUUGGGGAAAGACAAUUGUGGUAGGUGUAGACAUGCCUGGUGCUCAAUUAAGCUUCAGUUCAUAUGAGGUUCUUCACUAUGGCAAAACCAUCAUGGGUUCUAUGUUUGGAGAUAUUAAACCCAAAACUGAUAUUCCACUUCUCGUAAAAUCUUACUUGGACAAGGAGCUUCAAUUGGAUGAGUUCGUUACACAUGAGCUGCAAUUUGAGGACAUUAAUAAAGCUUUUGAUUUACUCCUCUCUGGAAAGAGCAUUCGUUGUGUAAUUUGGAUGGACAAGCAUAUCCCUCCUCCUGUGUAAUGGGCGAAAACUUGUUUGUUG